AUGUCUGGUCUGCCCACUGCUCCUGAUCGCGAAAUCGGCUUUCAGCCGCCGCCAUCUCGCCCCCGUGCGCCUGUGCCAAUCAUUGAUGUCGACCAAGUCAUCUACAACCCCAUCAUCAUUGUGCUCGUCGGCUAUCUCGAAGAGAUUCCCCAGUUCAUGGACAAGCUGAAAAUCAAAGACGCCCGCUCUUUCCUCGUCUUUUCCAACGAUCUGCUCAAAUGGAUCCCGCACGAGAACUUUGAGGGCAAGGAUAUCUACGACAUCCUCUGCAUGUUCUACUUUAUUUUCCACCAGCCGCCGCUGCUGGGGCUCCAGACGGCAAUCUAUCCGGACCAGGUCGGCCAGCCGCUGACCUGGCUGUCUUCCUGGAUCGUCGUUUACGCCCAGCUCAUCGGGCUUUUCAUGGACACGCCGGCCUCCCUCACGGAAGAGUCCCUGGAGACGUUUAAGAAUUCGCCCAAGUACAACUUCGACGAAGCCCUGGUUCCCUCGGGCGGAUUCCGAACCUUUAACGAGUUCUUUGCCCGCCACCUCAAGCACGGCGCGAGACCCAUCGACUCGCCUAACGACGAUAGAGUCAUUGUCUACCCAGCUGACUGCACCUACGACAACUCGGUAGAUGUAACGGUCUCAACUGAGUGUGUUGACAACUAG